GUGGUAUGUAUGGCGGACUACGACAUCUUCUCCCUGGAGCAUGAGUCCCUGGUUCUUGUUGUUACCAGCACGUUCGGCAACGGCGACCCUCCAGAAAAUGGAGAUGCGUUUGCCAAGUCUUUGUAUGAGAUGAAGACUUCAGAUUCUGCGAAUGG